AUGUUUAAAACCCUGCUUAUAAUCAGCCUGCUGGGCGCCUUCUGCGACGCGGGGUCACGCCAACGAAGAUACUUGGUAUAUCCCGACGGUGGACCAGCUCGAGCGCAGUUUAUUGUAGGUCUCGGUGUACCCGUGGAUUUGAAAGAAGCCUCAGUCACAGUUGGAUCUGUUAUCAAAUUCCAAUAUGACUUACCAACUAACAGUUCCGAAUAUACAAGUCGUAUCUUUGGAUUUGCGGACACAGUUUCAAGAGAUAUGGAUGGAGAGUCCGAUAGGGAAGAAGUUAAAGACACAAACGAUGGAAGAGAAGUUGAUAACAAUGAUUUAAACUACGCUGAUAAUGAUACUUUAGUAGAUAUUACGUUUAAUGAUAGACGUAAGAGAGCUUUAUUUUACAGCGAAGGCAGUGUUAUAAAGGAGAAUGAUAUUAAUACAGAGUUGCCACUAGAUGAAGCUAUACGCCGGCAAGAGAAGAUCGAUCAAGAAGUAUUAGAAGAGCAAGAACCGCAAAGGAUGAAUAGAUGGGAUCUGUAUAAAAUUCUCGAGCACAUGAUUGAAAGAUACGGUUACACAGGCAGGCCAUGUCUAUUGCGAACCAUAUGUGAAGCAGCCGAGGUGCCUUUUACCUAUGAAAAUGGUUUGCUCGGCGAAAUUGGCCAUAUUUUAUUCACGCCCUCAAGCACCAAAGACAUCAUAUCCCAUCACACAGAUAACGAAUACCACGCAGCUGAAAGGCUCGGUCGGUCUGUGGUACGAGCUGGCGGAAGCUGCGAGAGUCUGUUUCCAGAAUGCGAAUCGUCCGUUUUGGAUACGUUCACUCAAAUUGGCAUUCAUACACUACAAAAGUUCGGAAUAGAUUAA